UUAUAGUAUAUAUAAGAACUAUAUAAUCAUAAUGAUAAAAGGUUAAAUUCAAGAAAAAGUGUGCUAAACUGUGUUGGAAGUUGUGGAACAACGCUACAAUAAAGAGUUGUUAAAUGACAACAAAGAGCCACAAAAACAUGCAAAGUGACGACAAAGACACACAAAUUAAAAUGGCCCACAAAAAGAUGCACAAUUACAAAAAAACCUUUAAAGAGCUGCGCAAUGACCCCACACAAGGACACACAAAACAGUACACUACAGAGAAACAAAUGGCCAAAAGACAAAAGUCACGAAGAAAAAAACCCAGAAAACUGCUACAAAGAGAUGUUGAAUGACGACAGAGACAAAAACCUUUACAGUGACUACAAAGACACAGAACGACUACAAGGAGAUGCUAAAUGACGACAAAGAGACACAAAAAUAUGCACAGGGAACACGUAAUGACUACAAGAGACACAAAAGGAGAUGCUAAAUGACGACAUGGCGUUUGUAACAUACACCAGGAGACUGAGCUGAGUAUAUUGAGUUUUAAUGAGUCAAAAGGCCGAAUGGUGAGGUACAGGGGAGUUGGUCCGGGUGAGCUGGGGUAGCUGAGGGGAAUCCGGCAGGAAAACAAGGAGGGAGUCCAGGGCGACAUAGGCCAGAGGCUCAGUACUACAAACUCUAAUAGAACUGAGACUGGAUUUUCCGCAGCAUUCCCCACAUGGGGCUAUGGAAAGAACUGACGAAGAAUGAAGAGAAGGACCGGGUAUUUGAGCAGGAGAAGGUGAGUAGUGGGCAAUCAUCAUGAUGUGCAGAGGGUGAGUCUUUUAGUCCGUGGAGGUCAUGCCCCCAUUUAGAAGACAUGUAGGGGCUUUAACAUGUUUGUGACCAGGGCCCUGUUGUCUCACAAUCUGUCCUACAGCAGGGGAGGCACAGUGACAAAAAAACAAAAAAAAAACACUAAGCCAGCAGUAUAAAACAACAACAUUUAAAAAGUGACUCUUUUUUAACACAGCUAAAAAAACUACUUGAGGAUGCGGCUCAUAUCAGUGAAUGAAUCACUUUGAAAACCAAUGUACAUCUGUGUUGUAUAAUAGCCACAUGUCUAUUGGUUUAUUAAAUGGCAAUAAAAUACCUAAACUAUGACGCAAAAAGCAAGAAAGUGGGCCACAAGCAUUUAUUUCCAAAUUACAUGAACCACUUUGUGCCCACACCAGUCACACACACACACACACACACCCUCCACCCCUCUGUGGCUCCUGCGUAAUAGGGUCUGGCGCACGGUGCGCACCACGUAAACAAAAGCACAUUGUCGGUGUCGCUGGCAGCCAGUCUGUAAAAGCCAGGAGUGGGAGAACUAGUGGGCAGUCGUUUCCUUUGCUCUCCAGACAGCGAGCAGACUGUUUUUUUUCUGGUCGCAUGCAGCUAAAGGUUUAAACAGAUCCACGAGCGACAAAGAUGGGAUUGUUCAGCAGCCUCCUUCUGCCCUGGAUGGAGGAUUAAGAAACAUUCUAGCUGGGAAUAACAUCUGAAACGUAAGACAACUUAAGCCUUAAGAGACGAUGCCGUGCUUCCAGUCCCAGUGCGGCUCCUCUCCACAAGGCGCCAGUCCGGCUUCCCAGGGCGCCGGCGGAGAGCGCAGCUGCGACUUCCUCACCCCGGAGUUCGUAAAGUUCAGCAUGGACCUUACCAACAGUGAACACUCCGCUGCAACGUCGGGCACCGGUUUUGCGCCUUUGGCGGACACCUACAGCUCCGGCUACGACGCGAAGCCCCCGUGCCUCUUCCAGGUGCCCGCUCAGGGGGAGCUGCCGUGCGUCAAGGUGGAGGAUGCGCACGGGUGUCCCCGGUAUCAGCCGAAUCAGCAUCCCGCGCACCAGUCCGACGAGAUGCUCUCCUCCCCGGGCUCAGUUUAUUAUUACCGGUCUCCCUCGCCACACACCCCCAUCACAACCAGCUUCCAAUCUCCGGCAGGGCACAUCUGGGAUGACUCCGCUCCUCUGUACAGUUUUCGUCAAGACUAUUUGGCGGCGGCGCACAGGAAAAACACGCUGUGCAGAUUUUCGCUCUUCUCCCUCAAACACGCGCAGCACGGCGGCCAGGGCUUGUCCGCCUGCCAGAUGAAGUUCGACGGCUCUCUCCACGUGUCCAUGAACCUGGACGCGGGCGGAGCGCACCAGCCGCUGGACAGCCCCGGGGUCUUGGGUUCAGCCGGCCUGGCAAAGCAGCCCGGCGUGGGGUUCCCUCACCCGCUCCAGCUCGCCCACGGGCACCCCUUCAUGGAGUACCAGACCUCCGCGCCCAGCCGGGGACCGCUGAGCACAGAGGGGCUGUGCGCGGUGUGCGGGGACAACGCAGCCUGCCAGCACUACGGGGUGCGCACCUGCGAAGGCUGCAAGGGUUUCUUCAAGCGCACAGUGCAAAAAAAUGCCAAGUACGUGUGUUUGGCGGCCAAAAGCUGCCCUGUGGACAAACGCCGGAGGAACCGGUGCCAAUACUGUCGCUUCCAGAAGUGCCUUGCAGUGGGAAUGGUCAAAGAAGUGGUGAGGACAGCCGGUCUGAAAGGCCGAAGAGGUCGCCUGCCGUCCAAACCCAAAGCUCUUCCAGACGCGUCCUCGCCCGUCAGCACCCUCCUGAGUGCCCUCAUCAGGGCACACGCCGAGUCAAACCCUCCACCCUCUCGCCUGGACUACUCCAAAUUCAAGGAAAGUCCUGGCAGUCCACCGGGAGAUGAUGCGCAGCACGUCAGGCAGUUCUACGACCUCCUGACCAGUUCGAUGGAAGUGAUCCGAGGGUGGGCGCAGAAGAUCCCUGGCUUUACCGCCCUACCUAAACACGACCAAGACCUCCUCUUCUAUUCGGCUUUCCUGGAGCUCUUUGUUUUACGACUCUCAUACAGAUCCAGCCCGGAGGAAGGGAGGCUGAUCUUCUGCGAUGGGUCGGUGUGGCACCGGCUCCAGUGCCUGAGGGGCUUUGGGGAGUGGAUUGACAGCAUCGUCGAAUUCUCCGCCAACCUGCAGAGGAUGAACCUGGACGUCUCCAGCUUUUCCUGCAUAUGCACUCUCGCCCUGGUCACUGAGAGACACGGACUGAAGGAGCCGAAGAAAGUGGAGGAGCUGCAGAACGACAUUGUCAAGUGCUUGAAGGAUGGCGGCGUGUUCGCAGACGGAGGCUCAGACUCGUGGUCCAGCCAUUUGUCCAGACUUUUACAAAAGCUGCCCGAACUCCGCACCCUGUGCAUCCAAGGCCUGCAGAGGAUUUUCUAUUUGAAGUUGGAGGACCUGGUGCCGCCGCCCGCAGUAAUAGAUAAGUUAUUCCUCGACACAUUGCCAUUUUAGAGACCCGAGAGAACAGCCUAUACACACAGGGACGUUUUUUCUUUGUUUUUUCUCAGCGAUGGCACUGUUAGACUGCUUUCGGUUAAAUCCCAGCCUUCAUUUCAGUCAGUUCGAGAUCUGCGCGCCGCAUAGAAAACAGUUCAAGUGAAGGCAGAAGGAUUUUGGAUGCAAACUCUAAUUUUGAGAAUUGUAGCCAGUCUGUAAUUAUCAUCAUAAUAUCAAGUGACGUCCUUUGGAAUAUUUCAAAAACCAACUCCUGAAUCUAGUGAAACUUGAGCAUGGUUAAAUCCUAUCGACCAGGAAAGGACCAACUUUUAUUUCAUUCAUUCCUCAAAAACAAUUUUUCCACAAUGUGAUUUUAAGUGACCAUCAACCAAAAACUAUGGACUGCAAGUGAAUCAAACUGUUUGGAAGGUAAGUUUUUUGUUAUUCCCAGCUUGUAUGGAGGCAUUCUGGCACAAGAUGUGAGACCCAUCAUGUUGUGAUCUUUAUAAAAUACUAUUUGCAACAUAGUGAUUAACAGUAUUCAGUGCUCUCAUGGUCUUGUGUUCUCAGAGUAAAAUGUCAAUGUCUAUGAUUUAAUAAAUAAACAAGGUUGACGCUG